ACUGGCCUUUUACAGACAACCAGUUGCAAAUAGGUAAGGAGAAAAUAAUUUUGUAAGAACUAAAGUGAUAAAUUAACAACAACAACAGUAGAAUGCCAAUAUGUCCCACCUUGUUGUGAUUGGUCUCCAAUACACUGCUUUACAGAACAAGGAAAACACAAUGGUAACAAAAAAUGUGAAUGAUUGAGAGGAAAGCAAAAGAUGGCACAGGUGAACUUUGUCCAUGUACUGUAUAUCUAGUUGGGAAAAACGUGUAACAGCACGAGUUAAUUAAGAUGUGAUAUUAACCUGUACAUGUGCACAGAGAACAGAGGAAGUGAGAGAGAACAGAACGCAUGUCUGAAAGAAAGGACUGGGGAGACGGCGAGAAAAAAAGGAGGAAAAGGUCAGUAGAAGUCGGAUUAGUCAGAGUUGAGUCUGAAACUUCCUAAAUGCUACGCGGUUUCGAUUGGCACCAUGAGGAUUUCAGAAAAAAACACACCGGAGCAGUCCGAAGGCCUAAAACAGCGUGUCAUCAGUGCCCUGCUGUACUGCAGUGGAGAAAUGCAACAGUUACACUCUCACAUGCAGGAUAAACCCUACCCACUGCAACUGGCAGAGUGGUGUUUGCGUGGGAUCUCACGGGUGAUUCUGCUGAACAAUCCCCUGAGUGGGGCUGUGAUUCUGGCAGCGCUGCUGCUGGAGAGCCCCUGGCAGGCUCUGCUGGGGAUGCUGGGCCUUUUGGCCUCUACCUUCACAGCUAUAAUCCUGGGACAGGAUUGUGAGGAGGUGUCCAGUGGUCUUCAUGGUUUUAAUGGGAUGCUGGUGGCUCUGCUGAUGGGUGUGUUCAGCUCUGCUGGAGACUGGUACUGGUGGCUCCUGGUGCCUGUGUGUCUUGGAGGAGCUGCAACAACUUUUUUUUCCAGUAGUCUGGCUCCAAUUCUGGACCACUGGGAUUUACCAGUGAGCGUCUUCCCAUUUAACACAGUCAUUGUACUGUAUCUGGCCUGCACCGGCACUUCCAACCCCUAUUUUCCAAACUAUCCUGCCCAUCCACCAGGGGCGUCAGAGAGCACAAACCAAACCAGGCUCCAUGUUCCACAGCUUCUGCAGGGGGUGGUGUUGGGCGUAGGGCAGAUCUUUGCCUGUGAGACUCUUGGUCCAUCUCUGCUUAUCCUGGGCGCGGUUUUCAUCUUUUCACCCAUUCUGGCCAUCAACGCCCUCCUUGGGUCUGUGAUGAGCACUAUGGCAGGUCUGUCUAUGUCAGUACAGCACGGAUUUCUGUAUUCUGGUCUAUCAGGCUUCAAUGGGGCUCUGGGCUGCAUGGGCGUUGGGGCGUUUUUUAUAUUUAGUUGGAGAACACUUCUCUUAUCUGUUGCAAGUGCCUUGCUUUCAGCUUACACAGACAUUGCCCUGAGCAACCUGUUAGGAGCUGUGGGUCUCCCAGCAAGCAGUUGGGCUGCUACUCUGAUUGGCACUCUGGUACUGUUGCUGACAGGCAAAAACCUCAAAGAACACAGAAUCCCCACUGGAAAAGUAACCUCACCUGAGAUGAACUUGCGCUCACAUAAGGAAUGGUCUGCAACCAAUACAACUACAGCUGAUGUAUAGUGUUUACAUAUGUAUGUAUUAUUUAUAAUAUAACAGUACCCAACUGUGAACGCACAUAGCUUUUUUAACAUAUAAAAUGCUUUUAUUCAGCAAGUGUGAAUUUAAUUGAUCAAGUAAAGUAACAAAAAUGGC